GAACUGUCUCCUUUGGCGGGGAGGGGGCUCCGCCGGCCCUCCUGGCCUCCUCAUAGCCGUUGGGCUUCCCUGGCGCUGUGGCUCCCGCGGGCGCUGCCCCGCCCGCUAGCGCCUGGUCCUGGGGGACCGGGGCAGGGAGAGGCUCCGCGAGGGGGCGGGAUGAUUGAUGGAGCCCCGCGAAGGGGCGGGGCUAGAGAUGGCGGCUGCGCCCAGGAGCGAAGGGAUUAGUGGAGCUCACAAAGGGGCGGGGCUGGCGGUGGAGAUCCCGCCCAGGGGCGUGGCCAGUCCCGUCGCCCCACGUGACGUGGUGCCGGAAGCGGCUGCGGCGCCGGAAGCGGGAGUGGCGCCGCCAUGGAGUUCCCGGGGCUGGGCGAGCACUGCUCAUGGCCCCCUUGCCAGCGCCUGGACUUCCUCCCGCUGAAGUGUGACGCCUGCGAGCAGAUCUUCUGCACCGACCACAUCGCUUACGCCCAGCACAGCUGCACCUCUGCCUACAAGAAGGAUGUGCAGGUCCCCGUGUGUCCCCUCUGCAACAUCCCAGUCCCUGUGAGGCGGGACGAGAUGCCCGAUGUCGUGGUGGGUGAGCACAUUGACCGUGACUGCAAGUCCGACCCUGCACAGCGCAAGCGCAAGAUCUUCACCAACAAGUGUUUGAAGCCUGGCUGCAAGCAGAAGGAGAUGAUGAAGUUGAUCUGUGACCAGUGCCACAACAACUACUGCCUCAAGCACCGGCACCCUCUGGACCACGACUGCAGUGGGGCAGGGCAUCCCCUCUCCAAAGCUGGGCACGCUGCAGUUGCAAGAGCCCAGGCAUCCUCCUCCAAAACAGUCACCACAUCUAGCAGUGGUGCCUGUCCAGCAGACGGCCCCUCUUCUCCAGCCUCUGCCAGAGGCAGAGCAGCUGUGCCACAGGCUCGUAGUACCUCUCCUCCGGCUGUCAUGCUGCAGAACGGACUGAGUGAGGAAGAAGCACUGCAGCGAGCUCUGGAGAUGUCCCUGGCAGAGUCAGCACAGAGCUCAGCACAUCCACCCAGCACGCAGGAGGAGGAGGAUCUGGCACUGGCCCAGGCUCUGUCAGCGAGUGAAGCCGAGUACCAGCGGUUGCAGCGGCAGACGCACGGUUCAAAGCCGUCAAACUGCAGCAUGUCAUAGGCAGGCAAGGCAGGGUGUGCCAACAGAUGCAGGAACCCACUUGUGACUGGAGGAGCAACUCUGGCCUCCCACGUGGAUGCCGUGGUCUUCUGGCCUGGACACUGAUGACAAGAGCCCCUUGCGAAGGACCACUCAUCUCCCGGGGGCUGUAUGCAAGCCACCAAACACCCACUGACACCUCAUCCCUAGUACCUGUAUAAAAUCGGUGCAGCAAAUCGUUGAUGCUUCUGGAGAGGUGAAGAUGGUGUGGGAUGAGGCUGGGCACACGUUGACCAAAGCAAGCAGCAGCCCACAGCAUGCACUGAGCCCCAGCUGCUGCAGCCAUGUCCCUGCACUGCUGGGACUGUGGGGUGACGGCAAAGCUGGCCUGGAGAGAAGUGCCACGUGGGGACAUAUUUGCAUGUGUGGAUGUACAGCUGGGAUGCAGCUGCCUGGUGCAAUAGGGAGGGGCUGGAUUUCAGGCUGUGCCUUUGUGAGAGAUCAUCCCAGCCAUGGCACAGCUGAAUGCGCAGCCUCCUGGCAGUGUGAAGGCAGCCCCUUCCCUGCUCCUCAUGUCCUCGGUGCCUCCCCUGCUGUUUGCAUGCACAGGAGCACGUUGGGCCUUACCGACUUGGCUGGGGCCCGGGACCUCUCUGAGACUGAAUGGAGCCAAGUUUCCUUUCUGGUUUAAUUUAACAAGGGCCAUUAAUUGAAAAGUAACUUUGGUGGUGACUUGACUGUGCCAGCGUCACUCAUGCAGGACUGCAGCUGCCUUCCUGUUGCUGUCUGCUGCCCUAAACUAUCUCAGCAGCCCUGUGCUGCUGGGGCAGGAACGCCUCCCUUCUUCCAGCUGUGCUGUGGAGGAUCCCCUCCUGGAUAGCUGCAGCAAAGAACCCUUUCCUGCAAACACAGCCCUGAGCCUUGAGCCAGCCCUUCCUUGCAGGUGUUUAGAGGCAGGAGCUGAUGUCUUGGUGGGGGUGACUUGUUCUGAUGGCCUCUUGCAGGUGGGUCUGCAGCUGUACAGAGCCAUGCUGCUUUCCCACCCGCUCUUCUCAAGCUUCCCUACGG